AUGUCAGACAGAAAUGAAACGUUAACAGGUUAUGGGCCCAGGCACGCCAAUACUACAGGAGGAAGAUGGCAGAGGCUAGUCUUUGACGGAGACGAAAAUAACUACGAAUUAUGGGAAGUAAAAUUUCUUGGUCAUCUGAGAAUAAUGGGUUUGAAAGAAACAAUACUGUCUACCGGGGAUAUAGACGAAGAAAAGAAUGAGGAAUGCUACGCCGAAUUAAUCCAGUUUCUCGACGACAAAAGCUUGUCACUGGUGAUGCGAGAUGCAACUGAUGAUGGCAGGAAAGCGCUGCAAAUACUUCGAAGUCACUACGCCAGUCAGGGUAAGCCCAGAAUUAUCGCCCUAUACACUGAACUAACUUCUUUAAUGAAGGAAUCUAACGAGACGAUAACAGAUUACAUUAUCCGAGCUGAGAAAGCGGUAACUUCUCUAAGAAACGCUAAAGAAGUAAUAAGUGACGGACUGAUAAUAGCCAUGAUCCUAAAGGGCUUACCAGAUUCCUACAAACCUUUCGCUAUCCAUACUACACAGAGUAGUGAAGAAUUGACUUUCACCCAGUUCAAAAGCAAAAUAAGAAGCUAUGAAGAGACAGAAAAAUUUGAGGACAAACAUAAAUCUGACAAUGUGAUGAAGGUGCAUAUAGCAUCUGUGACCUGCUAUGGAUGUGGAAACCGCGGUCAUAUUGCCCGCGAUUGCCGCCAAAAAGGCGUACCUAAGUGGUGCAGCUACCAUAAAAGUUCAACACACAGUGAUGAGACAUGCCGCCGGAGAAAGGACGAGCACAAAGAUGAAGCAAAACAGGCUGUAGAAAAACAAGAGGAACAUGAGGAAGAACAAACAUUUGUGUUCAAGGUCAGUCAAACAUUUCUUCCAGAUAAUAUUAUGAGAAAUGGACUAAUGGUAGAUUGUGGAGCAACAUCCCACAUCUUAACAGAGAAGAACGAUUUCACGAAAUUUGAUGAGAGUUUCGACCCAAAGUCACACUACAUGGAGUUGGCGGAUGGAGCCAGGAUGAACAACGUGGCAUUAAAGCGGGGCGAAGCAGAGGUGUUACUGCUGGACGUAGAAGGGAAAUGCGUCAGGAUUACUUUAAAAAAGGCCUUAUUCAUACCAUCAUACCCACAGAGCAUCAUAUCCGUUCAAGCUGCUACGACAGAUGGGGCCAAGGUGAUUUUCCAGGAAGGACAGAAUGAACUAAUAAGCAAGGAUGGAAAUGUGUUCCGCAUAGAAGAGCAUGAGAGACUGUACUAUCUGAAAACGGUAAAUAACAACAAACAAUGUGUUGAUGCAUCUGUCACUGAUAUGAUGUCCAGGGACAAAGUGAAUCUAACUUGUGAUGUUAGAACAUGGCAUGAGAUCAUGGGACAUUGUAAUGUUAGUGAUGUGUUGAAAUUACCUGAAGUGGUAAAGGGUAUGAAAAUCACAGGUAAUACCAAGCUAGAAUGUAAUGUUUGUACUAUGGGAAAGUUCAUCAACAGCAGAAAUAGGAAAACUGAUGCAAAAGCUGAUGAGGCCUUAGAAUUGGUACACACUGACUUAGCAGGCCCCAUUGAACCGACUUCUCAAGAUGGAUAUAAAUAUGCAAUUUCAUUCACAGAUGAUUUUUCAGGAGUAGCAUCAGUUUACUUCCUUAAAAAUAAGAGUGACGCUACUCUGGCGACAGAGAAGUUCCUUGCAGACAGUGCACCAUAUGGUAAAGUCAAAUGCAUAAGAUCAGACAAUGGCUCAGAAUACACCGGCAAUGCAUUUCAGUCACUUCUAAGAGAAAAGGGUAUAAGACAUGACACAUCAUCUCCGUACUCUCCUCAUCAAAAUGGUACAGCUGAAAGACAAUGGCGAACCAUCUUUGAAAUGGGAAGGUGUCUGCUAAUAGAGAAGGGAUUACCAAAAGUGCUGUGGCCUUAUGCUGUCCAAACUGCAACUCACAUCCGAAACAGAUGCUACAAUGACAGAAUUAAGAAUACUCCAUACUUCAUGUUGACAGGAAGAAAGCCAGACCUUUCUAAAAUGUGGAUUUUUGGAUCAGAAUGCUACGCAUACAAACACAAUCAUAAGAAAUUGGACUCAAGAUGUGAGAAAGGAAUAUUCGUGGGAUAUAGUAAAAAUAGCCCAGCUUAUCUGGUAUACAAUCCACAGACAGGAAAAGUGUCACAACAUAGAUUGGUGAAAUUCAUUAGGAAGAGCAGUGCUGAACAGCAGACACAAACAGAGGAAGAUUACUUUGAAAUCCAAGGCUACAGAGAAAGAAUACCGGAUAGCGAGAACAGUGGUGAUGCCCCACAAAGUGAGGAAAGCACAGAGAAACGGAUUCUGGAUGAAAACAUGGAGAAUAUUAAUACCGACAAUUCAGAGGUGUUUGGGCAUGAUGGAACUAUGGAAAGAGCAGAUAUAGAAGACAACAAGAACAGUACAGGUCUAACAGCCACUGCUAGUCAAAAACAUUACCACUCAAAAAGAGAAAAGAGACCCCCAAAGUAUCUACAGGAUUACCUGACAUACUCCAAAGAUGAUGUAACCAAUGUGAGUGUCGAUUAUUGCUACAAAGCAGUGUGUGGAGUCCCCCAAACCUACAGAGAGGCCAUUAUGUCACCUGAGGCUUCCAGAUGGGAACAUGCUAUGAAGGAAGAGAUGGACUCACUUAAAGAAAAUGAAACAUUUGAAUUGACAACUCUACCCGCGGGCAGAAAGACAAUAGGGGGAAGAUGGGUAUAUGCCUUUAAAGAGAAUGCAGAAACAGGAAAAAUCUUCAAGGCUAGGUACGUUGCAAAGGGAUACAAUCAAACUGAAGACAUAGACUAUCAUGAAACAUUUGCUCCCACUGCAAAUCUCUCCUCGGUACGGGCAUUAAUGCAGAUAGCUGCUCAGAACAACCUUUUUGUUCAUCAGAUGGACGUAAAAACAGCAUAUCUACAUGCUCCAAUAGAGGAAGACAUAUACUUAGAACAACCAGAGGGUUUUGAAGAGACAUCUAAUACAGGAAACAAGUUAGUAUGCAAGUUGAAGAAAUCGCUAUAUGGUCUAAAACAGUCUGGAAGAAACUGGUAUAAACUUUUAAAUGAUCAUUUGGAACAAAACAACUUUGAGAGAAAUCAGUCUGAUUACUGUGUGUAUAGAAAGCAGAUUGAAAAUGAGACAAUCAUAGUGAUCAUAUGGGUAGAUGAUUUAAUAAUUGCAGCAAGCAGUGAGGAUCAGCUUAACAGUUUUAAAGAAAUAAUGAAGUCCAAAUUUAACAUGAAAGAUCUAGGGAAAAUAUCUUGUUUUUUGGGAAUUCAGUUUGAACAAAAAGAUGGAGAGAUUAAAAUGAAUCAGAAGAGGUACAUUCUCAAAAUGCUUGAAAGGUUUGGGAUGUCAAACUGUAAACCAAAAGCUACCCCAAGUGAGUUAAAAGUGGGGUGUAAUAGGGAUGAGGAAGAAAACAACAACGAGAUUGAGAACUUCAAAGAAUACCGUGAACUUGUUGGAAGUUUGAUUUAUGCAAUGACCUGUACCAGACCAGACAUUAGCUGGAUAGUCAGUAAACUGUCACAAACCCUUGCAAAGCCUAAAACACAUGACUUAGUAGCUGCUAAACAUGUCCUGAGAUACCUAAAAGGUACGGUUGACUAUGAGCUGUGUUUCAAGAAAACAGACAAGACUUUAAGUCUAAUAGCAUUCAGUGAUUCAGACUGGGCAUCUUCUGUAGAAGAUAGGCGUAGCAUUUCAGGAUACUGUUUCAGCUUGACCGAACAAGGACCGGCUAUUUCAUGGAAGUCCAAGAAACAGGCAACAGUGGCACUGUCAACCUGUGAAGCUGAAUACAUUGGUCUAGCAAACACUACUCAGGAAAGCAUGUACCUAACUCAACUGUUAAAUGGCAUGGACAACAGUGUUUACACUUGCACCACGAUGUAUGGUGACAAUCAGGGGGCCAUUUCACUGAGUAGAAAUCCAGUGCAUAGAUCUAGAUCUAAGCACAUUGAUGUAAAAUAUCACUUUAUCCGUGAUGCUAUAAGUGAGGGAAGAAUAAAUAUUGUGUACUGCCCAACAGAAGACAUGGUGGCAGACAUUUUGACAAAGUCUGUAUCAAAAGUUACAAUUCUGAAGUUCAAAGGUUUUCUGUUUGGGAACUGA